GGAGAUUCGUACCUAGCAUUUGAUCGCCCUUUUCUUGCUGCUUCCUCACCUAAACCCGAGUUUCCCAUCUCCUCCUCCAUUUUCAGUCUUGCUUCGAUUUUUUAAUUUCUUUUUAUUCGCUUAAAUUUUUUAGAGAGCGAAACUAAUGGCGGUUGUCGCUAAGAUCGCACCGUCGAUGUUGUCGUCGGACUUCGCCAAUCUCGCGUCGGAGGCCGAACGCAUGCUCCGCUGCGGCGCCGAUUGGCUCCACAUGGACAUCAUGGAUGGGCACUUUGUUCCAAAUCUUACAAUUGGAGCUCCGGUUAUUGAGAGUUUGCGGAAGCAUACAAGGGCAUACUUGGACUGUCAUCUUAUGGUUACAAAUCCCCUAGACUAUGUGGAACCAUUAGCUAAGGCUGGCGCUUCAGGUUUUACAUUUCAUGUUGAAGUGACAAAAGACAAUUGGCAAGAAGUAAUCCACAAAGUCAAGACUAAGAACAUGAGAGCUGGUGUAGCCCUGAAGCCUGGGACUCCUAUAGAAGAAGUGUAUCCAUUGGUUGAAAGCAGUGAUCCUGUAGAGAUGGUCCUUGUGAUGACGGUGGAACCCGGAUUUGGAGGUCAAAAGUUCAUGCCAGAAAUGAUGGAUAAGGUUCAUGUUUUGCGGAAGAAGUACCCGUCCCUUGAUAUAGAGGUCGACGGUGGGUUGGGACCAUCAACCAUUGAUAUGGCUGGAAGCUCAGUUUUCGGAGUUCCAGACCCGGCCCAGGUUAUUUCCACUCUGAGGAACAGCGUCGAAUCAUCUCAGCGCAAGAGUUAACCUUAUGGAGUUUCGAAAUGUACACAUAUAUACAAUUUAUAUGCCAAACAAAAUAAUGUUGAAGUAGCGUGCGGUACAAUUGUGAUAAUUGUAAGAAUAAUUCAAAUUCAACAUGUACUGGUGCUCGUUGAGUGGCACUUUCAUAUAUUUGAAAUGGUUGAGGGCUGAUUAAUUCCUUGAGAUAAAGCGAAAUACUCCAAGUUUCAGUGAAUAA